AUGGACACCGAGGACGGGCAGUUCUUCAUAAAGAACUUGGCCCAUUUUGUUCGGACACACGAGAAAGCACUUGCCAAUGCCCUGCAAUUACGUCGACAGCAGACUCCUAAAAAUGGAUCAUCACAAGGCGUGUCCGGGGCAGUCGGAGGAUCCGCAAUCCCCGGGUCACCAACAACCACAAACCCUCCAUCCUCAGCGUCCUCCUCUACAACAUCAAGCACUCUCGCAGCAGCUCUCUCCCUCCCAUACUUAACUUUUGCCUCACAUAAUAUCAAGCCUGCCAAACUUGCCUUGACACCCCAUCAUCUGUUCUACCUCCUUUCCCGAUUUGAAGAGCUUGGCAUACAGGUUGGUCCCAUGAAUGUGCGGUUAGAGAAUCUCCAUGAAACGUCUGCUGCCAACUAUGUGUCCUUUUUGAGUCAAUCACAGCGGCCAAAAGGCCGAGGCUCUGAUAGUGGAUCCAUCCACUCGGUAUCCAGUGUGCGAAGUGUAAUGUCUGGCAUGUCCGCUUUGUGGGCGAACUUUGGCCUUGGUUCUGGAGGCGCCGCUGCCCGAACCGAGAAACAAAAGGCAGCUAUCGAGGCGGACUUGAAAUACCUGUAUUCCGCCUUCACCAAGAUCCCGUGUCUAAGGCUCGCCCCAGAUCGGCGAGCACGGUUGAUCGAAGGCUAUGAGGAAUUUCCAUUCGACAGCGCAGUUCCUCUCUAUGCAUUCAAGAACGUUAGUGCCCUGGAGAUUAGUGACAUUGAUAUUCGGCAGUUUUUUGGCUGGGACCGACUUGCGGAUCAGUUAAGGUCCUUAACAGUCAAGCGUGCGGGUGUUGAAGAUCCAGCAGACCUCCUGAUCAACAUAGUGCUCGAUGAUAUGGUCAGACGGCGACGGCGUUCUUCAAAAGCGCAAUCGUCACCAACCACUACAUGGGCCAUGUCUUCGAGCCCGAAACGAAGCCCGACGUUGCCACACGCAGUGUUAGUCCAUUCAAAUUCAGCGCCUGGAUCCCCAGAUGAGCGCAGCCAUAUCAACGACGCCGAGGUUCGAGGUGAGCUGCUCGUACGGUCUGGUUCUGAUGGCUCGAAAUCUCCAACGAAAGCAAGACCGAGGAGCAACUCGCCUGUACGGCCGAAUAGUUCACGAACUGGUUCGACCCAUGGACAUGUGCGAAAUUCGCCCUACAAAGUCAAGAGAUCUGGAUCGAGUAGUUCUCAUUCGAGUAUGUCGGAUGGUUUGUACAACCCGCGCGGCAGCUCGUCCAAUCUCCUGGCCAUGGGCGUUUUGCCAUCAUCGAAGUGGAGGUUUUUGAAGCAUCUUAGCCUUGCUGAUAAUAGCCUUACAUCAAUAUGUGCAGCCAGCCUUGCGCCGUUGGCAAAUACCCUCCAUUCCCUGGACCUGUCUUCGAAUCUAUUCUCUCAAGUCCCUGAUUGCCUGUCCUCCCUUACGGCCCUGAGAGCGCUGAACCUAUCACACUGCAUGAUUGAUUCGCUUCGUUCCUUGAAACGGAACCCUCUACCAGCUGUCACUGCCCUGAAUCUGCGAUCGAACCGCCUUGUAUCUAUAGCCGGUAUCGAGAGCCUCCUACCAUUGGAAAGACUUGAUUUGCGAGACAAUAAAAUCAAUGAUCCUACGGAGCUCGCAAGGCUUACUGGUCUCCCUAACAUACGGGAGAUCUGGGUCUCUGGGAACCCCUUCACCCGAACCCAUUCCGGGUAUAGAGUUACCAUCUUCAAUCUUUUCAGGAAAACGCCUGGCUACACUGAGGAUAUCGUGAUCGAUGCUUAUGGUCCCGGCUAUUCCGAACGACGGCAACUGGUUGAACGUGUAGCGCAACGUCCAAAUGUGCCCAUCAUCAAAACACCAAUACCGAACUCUGAUCUUCCUACAUUGAAUACCAACAAGCCCAUCAUCGAAUAUCCUGCCACUCAGGAGCCAUCAGAGCUUCGCAAAGAACGACCGGGGUUUGAAACCACUACAAGUGAGGUAUACUCAAGCGCUUCUGGGCGGCGGAAGAGGACACCCAAGCGACGCAUUGUAGACCUUUCAACUUCAGACACCUCGCCAGGUAUGCUGAAGCCGUCUGUAAAGUUCUCGUCGGAAGAAGCCAUGGCCGCGGCUGCCGGGUCAGAUGUUAGUUACAGUAUCAGUCCUGGCCCAGCCACUCGGACGAUCGAAUCAUAUACGCCUUCCGAGCCGAGGCAAACUCAGAACCAGCCGGAAAUGCCACGCAUUGAUACUUCAGUAGCCCCUCGAUUACCGCCUAUCGAGACGGUUAGUUACAAUCCUCCGGCUAUCAAAGCACCGUCUAAUCCGGAUCCUCAAGACUGGAGCAUCAGUGGCGAAAUUUAUAGGAAGAAAAUUGAAGCUCUUCGCAACGAGGUUGGAAACGGAUGGCUGAGUGUCCUGAGUGAAGAAGCGUGGGACCCACAAAAGAAUGGCGUAGAUUUCAGUCCUGCGAGCACCAUACGGCCGAGCCCAACCACGCCUCGAGCAGCCAGUCUACAAACAAUACACAGCGGCCGGACAUUGGGCUGA